CGAACCUUUGCACGGGCGUUUAUAAAGAGAGUGCGGGCCUUCUUCCAAUGGCGACCGUAGCGCUGCUCGUACCACCACCAGCUAUCGCGAGGCUCCCCACCCUGCGCUCCCGUCACCUCGGCUUUCUCCCAAGAUCCUGCAGACCCGGCUCGUCUCGAGUAACCGCCGCCAUGUCGUCGUCGUCGUCGUCGUCGACCGAUCCGUCGCUGGCGACCGAGGCGCCCCAGGCGGCUGUCACCAGAGAGCGGAAGCUCAACCCCGACCUGCAGGAGCAGCUCGCCAAGCCAUAUCUGGCUCGAGCAAUGGCGGCGGUUGACCCGAGCCACCCGGAGGGCAGCAAGGGGAGGGACACCAAGGGCAUGAGCGUGCUCCAGCAGCACGCCGCCUUCUUCGACCGCAACGGCGACGGGGUAAUCUACCCAUGGGAGACCUUUCAAAGCCUGCGAGCGAUCGGGCUUGGGUCCCCUUCAGCCUUCGGAACAUCCAUACUCCUCCACCUCGUCCUCACUUAUCCUACUCAACCGGGGUGGAUGCCUUCCCCUCUGCUUUCAAUCCAUAUAAAGAACAUCCACAGGGGCAAGCAUGGGAGCGAUUCUGAGACGUAUGACACUGAAGGGAGGUUUGAACCAGCAAAAUUCGAUGCUAUAUUCAGCAAGUUUGGCCGAACUCGGCCGAAUGCUUUGUCAGAAGAUGAGAUUAACGCCAUGCUUAAACACAACCGUAAUAUGUAUGAUUUCCUGGGCUGGGCCGCAGCCAACCUCGAAUGGAAGUUGCUGCACAAGGUGGCAAAGGAUAAAGAAGGCUUUUUGCAGCGAGAAAUCGUGAGGGGCGCCUUCGAUGGCAGCCUGUUCGAGCGCCUGCAGGAGAGCAAGAAAUCUUCCUGAAUGCGGCAGUGAGCCGCGCGCAGUCGAGACCGAGUGUCGUCUAUGAAACAUCUGCACUUGAAAUUUGAAAAACCUCCCUGUAGUUUGAGUUGUGUGUACGUCGAAUAAGAAGUGCUCGGCCCGUCUACGGCGGCCUAAACAUUUUCAUCUGUCUUCAUAUUUGGAACUGGAAUUUGUACUGUUAUUGGUAGCACAUAGAAGGUGUACAGGGUACUUGGUAAUGUGCACUCUUGAAUCAUCAGUACCUCGCAUAAUAUUGGGUGUGUUGUCGGAGAGGAA